CGCGGUUGGUUCAAUCGAACGUCGCCUGGUCAAGCUCCAACUCCGGCCUGCAAUCGAUCAGAAUAAUAGCGCCAACUGGCGUAGGGAGAUGGUUUUUGUUUGGCCUGGUGAGCCCUAUGAUCAGAAGUUGAUUUCUGGAAAUUGUACCUGGGUUGCCGUUCGCAAUUCACAGAGCUGGUAACGGUCUCCUCUGGCCCAAGACAUUCUCUUUGACAUCUGAUAUAACCAUGGGCACCAAGUCUACCUGGUUCGGGCCAGUCCCUGUGUUUUCCGCCGCAAUAAUUCUGAGAAUUGGCCUGUUUCUAUACGGCCUAUGGCAAGAUGCCAACUCACCAAUGAAGUACACCGAUAUCGAUUAUUAUGUUUUUACGGAUGCUGCUCGUUAUGUCGCAACUAACCAUUCGCCCUACGAUCGUGAAACAUAUCGAUAUACACCUAUUCUAUCAUGGCUGCUCUUACCGACUACAUGGCAAGGGGAUUGGUUUUCAUUCGGCAAGGCUCUGUUUGCCCUGAGCGACAUUAUUACCGGCUGGCUUAUUGUCCUCGUCCUCCGAACCACAGGUGGAAUGCCGAUGGAUAGAGCGCUGAAAUUCGCCAGCAUCUGGUUGUUAAAUCCAAUGGUUGCAACCAUAAGUACAAGGGGAAGCUCAGAGGGCCUGCUUGCCGCCAUGACGGUUGCUUUGGUUUGGGCAGUCAUGCAACGCCGGAUUGUGCUGGCUAGUGUACUGCUGGGCGUUGGGGUUCAUUUCAAAAUAUACCCGUUUAUAUAUGCCCCGUCAAUAGUGUGGUGGCUAGAUGAUGAGCAACUGCAGCUGCGGCCAAAAUCGACACAGGAGUCGUCAUUGUGGAACAGGGCCCGAAGGUUUUGUAAUAAGCCCCGGAUCAUGCUUGCCUUUCUGAGUUUUGGGACUUUUAUCGCCUUGAAUUGGGCCAUGUAUUACAUGUAUGGGAGUCCGUUCUUACAUCAUACGUAUCUUCACCAUGUCACACGCGUUGAUCACCGGCACAACUUUUCGCCCUAUAACACCAUUUUAUACUUAAGCUCUACUGCAUCCACCCCCUCAUAUAUGCAUCUGGAGACUUUGGCAUUCAUUCCGCAGCUAUUUCUCUCUGCAAUUGCGCUUCCGCUGUUGUUGGCGAAAAAGGACCUACCGUCGACAAUGUUGGCACAAACCUUUUCGUUUGUGACCUUCAACAAAGUUUGUACGAGCCAGUACUUCCUUUGGUAUAUGGUGUUCCUCCCAUUCUAUCUGCCCACAUCGUCUCUGGUUGCGUCCCCGCGUCUUGGAAUAACGGCGCUUGUCCUGUGGGUUUUAACACAAGCGAUGUGGCUCCAACAGGGGUUUGAUCUGGAAUUUCUUGGGAAAAGCACCUUCGUUCCAGGACUGUGGAUGGCCAGCCAGGCGUUCUUUCUGACAAAUUCCUGGAUUCUUGGUAUAAUUGUAUCUGAUAUCGGCGGAAAAGCAAGAGCUUUUCCAACACCACAGACCAUCAGCAUCACGGAGUAAGAAAGUUAACAACAGAAAUAGUAAUAUAUAGACCUAUAAUCUUGCACAGA